CCAGAAUCGGAGUACUGCAAAUCGCAUUCAAUAUUUUACCAAUAAGCUGGAAUAGUUUUUUAAUUUUUUUUAUCAGCAAGGAUACAAUAUUCGAUAUGAAGAAAGAUCACGGGCAAUCAACAUCCGAUGUGCGAUCAGGACACGAACUCGAUGUAGCUAAAUUGGAAGCCUACCUGGGUGAACAUGUUCCUGGAUUCAAUCGACCACUGCAUAUCAGCCAAUUCAAACUUGGACAGUCGAACCCUACAUAUCUUUUGAAAGACGGAAAUCAACAGCAAUACGUUCUUCGCAAGAAACCUCCAGGUCAGCUUUUGUCUAGCACUGCUCAUGCUGUUGAGCGUGAAUACCGUAUCUUGCGUGCCCUGGGAACUCAUUCCGAUGUUCCUGUGCCGCAUGUGUAUACGCUUUGCGAAGAUACAUCGAUCAUUGGCACUCCGUUUUAUGUUAUGGAGUUCCUUGCAGGACGCAUUUUCGCUGAUGUGCGAAUGUUGCAGCUUCCUUUUGAAGAACGUAGACAAUGCUGGUUUUCGGCCGUGGAAACAUUGGCCAAACUUCACCGUGUGGAUUUUGCGGCGAUUGGCCUGGAGAACUAUGGCCGCAAUUCCGGUUUCUAUGACCGCCAAAUGCGAUCCCUCAGCAAGGUGUCGCAAGCUCAAGCCGAAACAAAAGACAAUGAAACCGGUGAUAAAGUGGGGCCUAUCCCUCGAUUGGAGGAAAUGUUUGCUUGGUUCAAACGCAAUCAAGUCAAAGAUCAAGCGACCAUUGUUCACGGUGAUUUCAAGAUCGACAAUCUGAUUUUCCAUCCCACUGAACCUCGGGUGAUUGGUGUUCUGGAUUGGGAGUUAUCGACCAUUGGUCACCCAUUAUCCGAUUUAUCCAACCUCCUGCAGCCGUUCUAUAUUCCUCCGUCUCAAGAAUUGGCAGGGUUCAAGGGUAUCAAGAAGGAGGAUUUACCGAUUCCCGAUGCACAAGACCUCAUGCAAGCGUAUUGCUUAUGCCUGGGUACGACGUACCCCAUCGAUCGAUGGAAUUUUGCAGUUGCAUUUUCAUUUUUCAGAGUUUCUGUCAUUCUGCAAGGCAUUGCUGCACGUGUCGCUCGCAAACAAGCAUCCUCUGCCGAAGCCAAAUCGUAUGCGGCACGUUUUAAACCCAUGGCCUAUCUGGCGUUACAAUUUGUAGAUGAAGGUGACCUGGUGGCCACCAGUAAACUCUAAUUGAUUACAACAUCCACCAUAACCACUGCCAUGAAUGAAACUGAUCUUUGAUAAUUGGUCUUUGUUUUUGGUUUUAUACUAUUGCUACUCUUCUUUCUCUUUCUUUUUUGUACAAUAAGUCGAUAUGUAGCUGAAAGACGCAAACUGAUCGAAAUAAAGAACCCUGGACUGCUCU